GGCGUGAACGUACAGCAGCCAGCUCUACGCGCGUAUCUGAUAAAUAUUAAAUUACCUGCGCCCAGAUCAGAAGGAGCUGAGAAUACGUUCACAAAUCCUGGCAGACACCACCACUGAACUCGCACUUAGGAAACAUGUCAACUCCGCCGUCAUCGUCAUCGGCCCUUUUACCACCAGUGUCGGCACUGUCCUCGACAACGGACGAAGGCGUCUUCACGGGUGUCCUCGAUCUACUGUUUGAGCCCAGUCCCGCACUACAUACUGUUUUACUGCCUUACUUCCACACGUGGGAUUUCACAUCAUACGACGAGUUGAUUCGUGUCGUGCGUCAGCUCCUCACCUCGCUGGCGGAAUCUACAUCGGCCUCUGCACGGGUCCAGCUCGACCAUAUCCUAGGUUCCCAUCCGCGAUUAGGGGCAAAGAAGGUCGAGAGCGCACAAUCGCGUGCUGAGCAGGCACAACUUCAGCAAAAUGGAAGUUCUGGCGAGGCAGAGGCGGAGAUGCUAAAGGCACUGAAUGAUGAGUACGAGCAGACCUUUCCGGGCUUGCGCUAUGUGGUUUUCGUCAAUGGUCGUGGCCGGUCCGUGAUCAUGGAUGAUAUGCGCCAGCGCAUCGCUCGCGGGAAUUUGUAUGCUGAGCGAUUAGCGGCGAUCAAUGCUAUGUGCGAGAUUGCAGCAGACCGGGCGAAGAAAUUAUCAGCAUGAGCCGGGCAACACUUAUCAUACAGUCCAUGAAUGCACUGACGAUCGCAAAGCGGAUGCAUAGUCUUUUCACUGAUUUCAACUUUUUCUCCAAAAUGGUCAAGAAAUAGAUGUGUGAUUGUUGAUAACCCCAGGGGCCCAGACCAAUCGUGAUGUUAGGGUUAUGUGUGGUGAUCUGGUAGGGUUUGGGUAAUGUACUUUGUCCUCCGCGG